AUGGCCGGCAUUGAAGGCAAAAGCAACCUCUCCUUCAUCCUCAACAAGCCCCACGACGUCGAGUUCGCCGAGCGACCCGUCCCCAAGCUCUCGGACCCCCACGAUGUCCUCGUCGCCGUCAACUACACGGGCAUCUGCGGCUCCGACGUGCACUACUGGGAGCACGGCGCCAUCGGCCACUUCGUCGUAAAGGACCCCAUGGUCCUCGGCCACGAGUCGGCCGGCACCGUCGUCCAGGUCGGCGAGAACGUCAAGACACUCAAGGUCGGUGACCGAAUCGCCCUCGAGCCCGGCUACCCGUGUCGCCGCUGCGGCGACUGCCUGGCCGGCACCUACAACCUCUGCCACGAGAUGCGCUUCGCCGCCACCCCGCCGUACGACGGCACCCUGGCCGGCUUUUGGGUCGCCCCCUCCGACUUCUGCUACAAGCUGCCCGACAACGUCUCCCUGCAGGAGGGUGCCCUGAUCGAGCCCCUGGCCGUUGCCGUCCACAUCACCAAGCAGGCCCGCGUCCGGCCGGGUGCCUCGGUCGUCGUCAUGGGCGCCGGCCCCGUCGGCCUCCUCUGCGCCGCCGUCGCGCGGUCCUUUGGCGCCACCAAGGUCGUCAGCGUCGACAUUGUCCAGUCCAAGCUCGACUUCGCGCGGGGCCUGGCCUCGACGCACGCCUACCUCUCCCAGCGCAUCCCGGCCGAGGACAACGCCAAGGCCAUCAUCGAGCAGUGCGACCUCGGCGCCGGCGCCGACGUCGUCAUCGACGCCAGCGGCGCCGAGCCCUCGAUCCAGACGAGCCUGCACGUCGUCCGCAUGGGCGGCACCUACGUCCAGGGCGGCAUGGGCAAGGCCGACAUCAACUUCCCCAUCAUGGCCCUGUGUCUGAAGGAGGUCACGGCCCGCGGCAGCUUCCGCUACGGCCCGGGCGACUACAAGCUCGCCAUCGACCUCGUCGCCAACGGCAGCGUCAACGUCAAGAAGCUCGUCACCGGCAUCGUCGAGUUCGAGCAGGCCGAGGAAGCCUUCAAGAAGGUCAAGGAGGGCCAGGUCAUCAAGAUCCUCAUCGCCGGCCCCAACGAGAAGGUAGACGCCAGCUUCAGCACCGAGGUCGACCCCGCCAAGGCGGCCGAGGGCGGCAACCAGGGCGGAUGCUGCUAG